AUGCGCUCAGGACUAUUGUAUGUUGCAGUUUGCUUGACACUUGCCGCCUUUACUCAGGCCGCUGAUGCCAAAACUGUUACCGAAUAUAAGACUGUGACCAAGACCGAAUACCGAGAACAUGAGGGCACUGCCUCCGACACUACUGGUGUUGGUGAGAUGCCAACGACCACAAGCAAAGAAAAGGGUGGUGAUAAGACAACAACAGAGUUUGACAAUGGUGGUCCUAAUGAUACUACAAGUAUGCCAGCACCACCCCCUGGUGAACAAGCCAACCCUCCAAAGGGUGAUGAUAUGACUUGGUCUUCUUCAUCAGCUUCCCCCACAGAUACAGAUGCUCCACCAGCACCUAGUGAUACAAAUGCUCCUCCACCUCCACCUGGUGAACCCCAACAACCUCCAAAGGAUAAUAAGGCACCUCCUCCACCACCACCUGGUGCUGAUACAACCACUACAACCAACAUGGGUGCUCCUACCACUAAGCCUGCACCACCACCUGGAGCUACCAAUGCCGCUGGCGGCAAAAAGAGCAAAGCUAGUAGCGCAGCUAGUGGCAAGAGCAGCAAUGGAUUCACAUUUAGCCCUAUCACUCUUGCUCCCGAAAGCAGCAUGUCUCAUAAGCCUACAACUCUUCGCGAAAUGACAGCAAGCAAACCUUCAGCAUCUGCAUCUGGCUCUUCGCAAGAUAGCGCUGCCAACAACUUUUCACCUGCCUCCUUUGCUACCAUUGCAGGCUUUACCAUGGCUGGUGUCGUUGCUCUCAUCCAGAUGUAA